AAACUUAGAAAAUCACAUUUAAAUUUUAAAACUAGAUUCUCAGUUCUGCUUUGAGGAGUUGAAAGAAAACAGGGAAGGCCAAAAUGUCUUUGUGGGCGACUAUUAACCGUGCGGUUUUCAAGAGAACUUCAACAUUUGCAUUAGUCGUCGUGGGUGGUUCGUUCUUCUUCGAAAGGACUUUUGAAAUCGCCUCCGUUUCUAUAUUUGAGAGCAUCAAUAAGGGAAAAUUAUGGAAAGACAUCAAGCACAAAUAUGAGGAAUAGGUGAAAUAAAUUCAACACAGUCAUGUAAUAAUUUAUUAGUUAUUUGAAUAAAGUCAUCUUAUUC